AUGAAUAAUCACUUGACAGUUGAAACUGAAGAUACUUUUGCCAGCUUACUUGAGCUUGCUGCGAACAAUGACAUUGAGAGCUUCAAAAGAUCUAUUGAACGGGACCCUUCUGCCAUUGACGAGAUUGGUUUAUGGUAUUGUCGUCAGAAGGGCUCAAAGCAGAUGGUUAAUGAGCAGAGAACCCCUUUAAUGGUUGCCGCUAUAUAUGGCAGCAUUGAUGUGAUAAAGCUUAUUCUUUCUCUCUCUGAUGCUGAUGUAAAUCGCGCCUGUGGGCUUGAUAGGAGCACUGCUCUUCACUGUGCUGCCUCAGGUGGGGCUGAGAAUGCUGUGGAUGUUGUGAGGCUGCUUUUAGCAGCUGGUGCUGAUCCCAAUUUGGUUGAUGCUAAUGGUCAUCGUCCUGUUGAAGUUAUAGUUGUUCCUCCUAGGCUACAGAAUGUGAGAUUAGCUCUAGAAGAACUCCUUAUGAUUAAUGGUUCUGCUGGUGAACAGAUUCUAACGGUCUCAACAAGAACCCUACAUUCAAGUUCUCCUCCUCUUUCAGCUUCCCCAGAAAAUGGGUCUCCAUCUGCUUUAGAUUUCGCUUGUUCUCCAACAAAGUCAAAGUUCUACAAUCUUCCUGUCUCUUCUGCGUCAGAGAAGAAGGAAUAUCCUGUUGACCCCUCUCUCCCAGACAUCAAGAACAGCAUUUAUUCAACUGAUGAGUUUCGGAUGUAUUCAUUCAAGGUGAGGCCUUGUUCACGUGCGUACUCCCAUGAUUGGACUGAGUGCCCUUUUGUCCAUCCAGGGGAAAAUGCACGGAGAAGGGAUCCUAGGAAGUUUCAUUAUAGCUGUGUUCCUUGCCCUGAUUUCCGGAAGGGGGCUUGUAGACGUGGAGAUAUGUGCGAAUAUGCUCAUGGGGUUUUUGAGUGCUGGCUACAUCCAGCUCAGUAUCGAACCCGACUUUGCAAAGAUGGUACAAGUUGUGCAAGGAGGGUCUGCUUUUUUGCCCACACUGCAGAGGAACUCAGGCCAUUAUAUGUCUCUACUGGUUCUGCUGUUCCUUCUCCUCGCUCGAGCACUUCUGGUGCUUCAGCCAUGGAUUUUGCUGCUGCAAUGAGCCUCUUGCCUGGUUCCCCAUCAUCAGUCAAUGUCAUGUCUCCUUCACCCUUUACUCCACCCAUGUCCCCCAUCUGCCAAUGGCAUGUCACACUCAUCUCUAGCUUGGCCCCAACCUAA